AGUAUUCUCGAAGAGGAAUACCACAGGCGUUGUUAACACCAACACAGCAGCGAUGUGCAUCAAAUCUACCCAUGAACACAGUCAUGCUAUUUGUUCCACAACAGGAAGCAUGGGUGAUCGAAAGGAUGGGACGUUUUCACAGAAUACUGGAUCCAGGCUUGAAUUUCCUGAUUCCAAUUAUAGAUCGGAUAAAAUAUGUGCAGAGCUUAAAGGAGAUUGUUAUUGAUGUUCCAGAACAGUCUGCUGUCUCGCUAGAUAAUGUGACUUUACAGAUAGAUGGUGUACUAUAUCUACGAAUAGAGGACCCAUAUAAGUCGAGUUAUGGAGUUGAAGAUCCUGAAUACGCAGUGACUCAACUGGCGCAGACCACGAUGAGAUCUGAACUCGGAAAACUCACACUGGACAAAGUGUUUAGGGAAAGAGAAGUACUGAAUAUGAAUAUGGUGACUCAAAUAAAUCAAGCAGCAGAUAUGUGGGGGAUCCGGUGCUUGCGAUAUGAAAUUAAGGACAUCCAUGUUCCACCUAAAGUGAAGGAGGCCAUGCAAAUGCAGGUUGAAGCUGAAAGAAGAAAGCGAGCCACGGUGUUGGAAUCUGAAGGGACCAGAGAAUCUCAGAUCAAUGUUGCUGAAGGAAAGAAGCAAGCUCGAAUUUUAGCUUCUGAAGCAGAAAAGGCAGAACAGAUCAAUCAAGCUGCAGGUGAGGCCAGUGCAGUCAUAGCAAAAGCAAAUGCUAAAGCACAAGCCAUUGAAAUGCUUUCUCAAGUCCUUUCACAGCAGCAUGGAGGUCAAGCAGCAUCGUUGACUGUGGCAGAACAGUAUGUGUCUGCCUUUGGGAAUAUGGCCAAACAGAGCAAUACAAUUAUUCUUCCUUCAAACACAAGUGACAUUACUAGCAUGGUGACCCAGGCCAUGGGAAUUUAUAACAGCCUUACCAAAAAGCCAUUAUUGAAAGAAAAGGCAGAGGCAAUUGAUGUGGAUAAAUCACAGCUAAUCAGUGGAAGGCGAACAUUUCCUUCUGACACCUAGUGGUUUGAAAUUUCUACCGAAGGAUGGAUGACGUAUUGUAACCUCCAGAUUCUGACGAUUUCCAAGUUCAAGAAAUGCAUGCAUGUCAUGCUCAUACCAGAACAUUUUUGUAUUCUUGAAAGAGCUUUUUGUUGUUUGGGUGCUUGUCACAGAUUUUCCAGCUGUAUCAUGGAAAUAUGAAAAAAAANCCUGUCUGAAAUAAUGGGAUUAGUAUAUUCCCUGGAGGGUGAAAUCAAAGUUUAAUUGAUGCUCUUCACUGAAAAUAAUUGUUACAUGAAUUUUUUAGCCGGUAUUAUUUUUAUUAAGAACACAUUCACGUCGCUUUUGCUGAAGACAUUGAACGGCUUUAGCAAAUUUGUAACCAGUUAGUCUGGUCCCAGUGUGAGAUCUUUAACCUCAGUAAGAAAAUAAAUACAAUGGAAUAGC